GUAGUUCUAUCCCAUGUCAUGAACAAAGCAGACCUGCGCUCCACGUGAAUGGAUGUAUUUUCUUUGGCUAUGUAUCACACUCUUGCAAUCUAACCACAGUGGCUGCGUCAAACCACAAUCAUUGCGCCUCAUUUGAAGAACGAUAUCAGUCUGCUACCACACCCCGAUGAUUCUAGAAAGCUGAAACCUGCCAACUCAGAACUUCAGCGACCCCGCCCAAAUCAACAUGAGCCGACAAGAUGAUGUUAAUUUCCUAGAGACAUUCUUCAACCGCCAUCAAUCGAUCUCAAUCGUUCAGUUGAAUUGGACAGACUACUCUGGAGUUGUUAGGACACGGUUCGUCCCUCACCAACGGGCGCUCGAUCUUGCAAAUGGAAGUUCCUACUAUCUGGCACAAAACUGCAUGAUCAUCCCCAUUGCCACAGCUCCAAAAUGCUGGACAGAGCAGCCUGAACGAUGGAAUCUUUGCCCAGAUUGGUCAUCAAUCAGGAUAUGCGGAUAUAAUCAGAAGCAUGCAUUCGUCAUGUGUUGUGUUGAUCAAGUAGGCCCGGAAAAAAGGUUCUCCCAGUGCCCAAGAAAGUUGCUACAGAAGACAAUCGAGGAUUUCGCAGGUGUUGGUAUGGGCAAGAUACUAGUUGGCUUCGAAAUCGAGUUCGUUUUGCUUGACGAGAACGAUAAUCUAUACAAGCCCAUGGAUCGCGUCGUUGGCUACUCGCGAACGAAAGGCUUGCGAGGCAAGACACUUGACUUGUUAGAGGAAGUUCUCGAUGCGUUAUCGGUGUCGGGGAUCCAGGUGCAUCAUUUCCACACGGAGAUUGACGAUCAAGUCGAGAUUGCGCUGUCGCCCUUAGAUCCUGUAGCAGCUAUUGAUACCUUGUUGCUUGCGCAAGAGACCAUCCGGACUAUAUUUUCGAGGCACAAUCUCAAAGCAACAAUGGCCCCCAAGCCCUUGCUACAAGGGACUCACAAUGGAUGCCACAUGCAUCUAUCCUUCUCUGAAGACGCAUCACUUGUGCAGCACUUUGUCGCUGGCGUUCUGACGAAGCUUCAUUCACUGUGCGCAAUUGGGAUGGCAAACUAUGACGGAUAUGUUCGAUCAGAACACGAUGAAGCUGGUGUGUACAUAGGUUGGGGUACCGAGAAUAGGGAGUUUCCUAUCCGCAAGGUAGAUGAUACCCAUUGGGAGUAUCGUUUCAUGGACUUCACAGCGAAUCUCUACCUUUUCGCAGCGACAUUAUUUCUAAGUGGAAAGAAGGGAAUUCAAGACAGGAUCGAUCUCAAAUGGAAGGACUGCCAAGUGUAUCCUGAGCCGUUGGGCCCGAGAGAGCGCUUCGUGGAAUACGGAAUCACAGAUUCAAUGCCGGUUUCACUCCAAACAGCACUAUUGUCGUACACCUCCGACGAGGAUCUUCGUGCCUGGCUGGGAGAUGGCAUGUUCAGUCAAUAUGCGGAUGUGAAGCAGAAAGAAGUCGAACAUUUCGGAGUCAUGGCGGAAGAAGAGCGUCGCAAGAAAUUCGUGGAAUAUUUUUAGCUAGUGUGUUCAUGAAUAUAAUGCUCAUAGACUUAGGUGAUCGAACCGUUUACAAGUAAAUUGGAUUGUGUUGUUG